AUGAUCUUCCUCCGACACGCGUCCCCGACCGGUAAAGAGCGACACUACGAUUCCUUCCUCGCCGGUCUCCUAGGCGGCUACACCGUCUUCGGUCGCACAAUUCACAAUUCCGUGUCUCAGCAAAUCGUCAUAUACGUAGCUGCACGCGUAUUGUUAGCGUUAGCAAAGCUAGCAGUACAACCACGACAGGUCGGAGGCGGAGCGAGUGGACAAGGAGUUCAAGGAGGUGGUGGCGGGUGGGAGCUGUUCGGCAACGGCGAGAUGAGGAGAACGAUGGCGAAGAAUGGGUGGCCGGUGUUUGCCAGCCUAAGUUGGGCGAUGGUCAUGUAUAUUUUCAGGUGGCAUCCUGAGGCUGUGCAGAGCAGUUUGAGGAGUAGUAUGAGUUAUAUUUAUGUGCAGUCGGACGACUGGAACUCGUUACGAACAUUACUUUGGCAUAACAAAUGA